UUCCCCAAACCAAAUUACACUUGCAGUUGCCUUCUUUGUUCUGAAACUGAAGAAAAAUUCUAAAAAUAGUUUCUUUGCUAUGAUUUUGAUGAUCCAUUAUGCUUCCCUCUCUAUGAGAAUUCCGUAUUGCUCAAAUUCUGUAAACUUCUUCCCGUAGCUACAUUAGUUUCUCCAUGGAUAAGCAAUUGGUAUCAGGAUCAGCAUCAGCAGAGGCAUCAGAUGAGAGAAGUGAAGUCCAGUGUCCACCGGUUCCAAUGGCAGCACCUUGGCUUGUUUUUCCACAUGGAGAAGGUAGGAAAUUUCAGAGUUUUUAUAAUCCUUGUGAACCUAAUUAUAUAAAUUGCAUUAAGUCUAUCCCAGAGAUGCAAGGUAGAGCAUCUUUUCAUAAAAGUUGUCAUCAAGGAUGGCUAAUUGUUAUUGGUAAUGUUGGAGAUAAUGCUGAGUAUUCUGUGGCUGAUGCUAGGAAUUUAGAUGAUUGUUUUUUGUGGAAUCCUGUAUCUUCUGAAAUUGUUCAAUUGCCUAAUCUAGAUCGCCGGUCUUUCAGUACCGAAUCGAAAAAAUACUUUAUGUUCGACUUGGUAUUAUCCUCACCACUUCUUCCAAGUACUUGUAAUUCUGACAAUGAAGCCAACUGCACGGUAUUCCUCAUUUUUAGAGGUAUGAAUUAUAGAGGUGAAGUUAGUAGAGAUACGCACAUUCAAGUUUUUUGUCGACCAGGGGACAAACAAUGGAGAACAAAGGAAUUGGAUGGCCGUUCUAACCCCAUUGAUGAUUUUUCCGAAUUCAUUGAAUCCCUCCUUUGCUUUCAAGGUAAGUUGUAUGCAUUUUGUUCUACAGAAAAUUGGGUUAAUGAGAUCGAUAUACAAAAACUAUGGCAUCAUGUUCUCGUUGAUGAACGUGCCCAAUUCCUUAGAAAAUUCAAGGUAGAGGCAGUCGAUUUCCCAGUUGACGAAGCAGAUUUUCCACUAAUAAGUGGAGGUGAGCGGUUCGGUGUUUACAUGGAAGAUUGGGUUGAAUCUGGUGAUGAAAUAUUCAAAGUUGUUUUAAAUUGCACUCUUAGAGGCUUUAGAAAAGUUGCCUGACACAUAUCUUCAAGUUGGAUUUUUCAUCAAUGACUUGGGUUUUGUUGAAUUCUUUGGAUGAUCAUGUUCUCUUUUUGUGCACAAACAUGGACAAGUUAAGCUCAACCUCUAGAAAGUGUUAUUCAACUUCCAAUGCGUCUUGUUCGGCAGCUUAUAUGGGUCUUGAAAGGGGUUGUUUAUUCUACACACUACCUGAAGAUCAAACCUUGUACGCAUUUGAAGUAGAAGAUAAUGCUACUACAGUUAUCAUGCCUUGUUUAAAGCUUCCAACUCCAUGGUUUCUGCCCACUUGGAUCAUGAUGCCUACAACAGAAAACAGUCAAGUUGCUGGAAGAAGGAGACGAAUAACAGAUCUUCUAAUAAGCCAAAAUACAAUUGAAACCAGCAUAGAGGAGGAGAACAUGGCCAUGGUAAAUAAUAGCAGAGGAGAAUUUGAAGAAUUGAAACCGUGGGAUUUUCUUGAUGAUUAUGACAGUAUAGAGGAGAUAGCGAGAUCUCUUCAUCCAGUGGAUUACGUUCAUUUCAGUUUGCCUGUAAACAAAAUUCAAUAUUUCUCCCAGCGUUGAGCCGAAUAUCAGCUUCUACAAGGACCACAGCAACUACUAAUUUUUCUCCAUGGUUGAUUUCUAUCUUUGAAGAUAAUGAAGAAACCAUCUGCAAUAUCGUAGACCCGAUGCACAAUAAUGACAAGUAUCUCAUGCAAUUAUCUGAUCAAUUGCUUAUAGGUGCUGCAAUUCGUUUUUCAAAAGAUGGAUGGCUUCUACUGUCUAACGGGAAAAAAAUCUGUAUUCUGCUACAAUCCUUUCACAAGAGCGACGAUCCGUCUUCCAGAUUUACCAGAUGAUCAUGUACUUAGUGGAAUGUCAUUCUCGUCGAUACCAACUUCUCGUGAUUGUGUGGUGAUUGCCAUCUCCAAUUGGUGGGGACUCGGUCGUGAAUAUGAGAUAUCUUUCUUGGUCACUGAACCGGGAAAGAGUGCAACUGGUUGGACUAUUCAUAGAUUCGAUUAUGAAGUAGGCUCGACUGAGGACAGCAUUAUGCUGUAUAUGGAAAACUUUAUGCCAUGUAUUAACAACCCAGUUUUCUAUAACGGAGCUUUCUACUGCUUAGAUUAUAACGGAAUAUUAGGAGUUUUUAACAUGAAAGGUGAUUCCAGUUGGAAAGUACUUCCGAAAUCGUUGAAACACUUCAGUGGUUUUUAUCCAAGUUAUUUGGUGGAGUGUGAUGAAAAGCUAUUACUAGUGAAUGUAGGACAGAGUGGAAAAUGGGUAGAUAUUUAUAGAUGGGAUGAUUCGGAGAUGGUCUGGGUAAAACAUAACAGUUUGGGAAAGCAUGCAUUGUUCAUCAGUUAUACAUCCAGUUUUUCAGCGGCCGCUCCACGUAGUUGCAUGGAAAACAAAAUCUACUUCCCUAGAUUACGUGGCGAAAGCAUUUUAUACUAUUCUCUUGAUACAUGCAGGUAUCAUUUUGUAGGGAGUAAUCAACAUUCUGCUCAAGAUUUUCAUAAUACGAAGGAAAGAUCAAACUGCAGUUGGAUUGAGCCUAGAUGGUCUUAAUCAAGUCCUAAUCAAACUGCAGGACUUUAACAAACAAAGCAAUCAAUGCAAAUGAUGGGAAAGCCACUUCCUCUCUACCAAAUAGCUCUUUGUGGACUAGGCACUUACCCGUAUGCAAGCUGAUUAUACAUUACCACAGGUACAGCGUCUGAACUAUACAAAUGCAUUCCAUGCACUUACUCGAAUCAUUGCCAAUGAAGGGGUUCUUGCACUAUGGAAAGGAGCUGGUCCUACUGCAGUCUGAGCAAUGGCUUUGAACAAGGGCAUGCUUGCUUCGUAUGUCAAAGUGUACAACCAUUUCGGGAUACCAUUGUUUUGUCUGAGGCUAGCACUCUAGUUUGUGAGAUCAAUCAACCCUUUGAUUUUUUUCUUUGACUUGUUGACUUGAAUAUGAUCUGUUUGGACCCUGCAUCCACAAGCUGGGGCUUAAGUGUAUUAACAUAGAUGUUAGGAAUUGAAAAUUGGAUGACUACAGAAUUUCCUAUGGACUACAAAGUCACUCGCAAAAUUAUGUCCCUAGCAUAUAAAAAGGGUUACCUGUGCAAAUAAUCUUUCAUGAUGUAGAAUUUGAAAUUUCUAACCUGGUUUCUUUUCUCGUUCAAUUAUAACUGUGACUGGUAAGUUUCUAUUUCAAAGAGGUACUUUUAAUUUAAUAAAUCCCUUUUUUCCUGCAAGAGCAAGUGCUGUUUCUGGAUUCUUUGCAGCUGCUUGCUUCCUUUCGAUUAUGUGAAGACCCGGAUACAGAAAUUGCAACCAGAUGCCUGUGGAAAUUACCCUUAUAGCGGUUCUCUUAAUUGUGUCAUGAAGAUUUUGAAAGCUGGGGGUCCAUUCAAACUCUACACCGAUUUUCCUGUUUGUUGCAUUCGAAUAGCUCCUUAUGUCAUGAUGACAUGGAUAUUUUUGAAUCAAUUCCAAAAAGUACAGGAGACAAUUGGGUUGUAAGGCCAUAGCAUAUGAGAUAUUGGAAACUCUGCAUUUUAUCUAAUUAUCUUUUGAGUUCCUUUAUGUUGGUUGUGCUUUGCCUUGAGCAGUAAAAAGUUGCUUCUUCUUUUUUUCCACAUUUACAUCUUAUAAAUUAUGCUAAUCAACUCCUGUUUUGAUUUGGAGUUUUUGAUCACAAUGCAUGUCAGUAAAAUUUUAUAAUUACCAUGCCAUAACUGUAAAUGACAUGUGCUUGUACUUUUGUUUUCCUUUCAACUGCAGCACUCCACUGUAAUGAAAUGAAGAACAGAGCAUUUUUGCCCCAAGCAAGUUGGGGUAGGCUAGAAAUGAGAUCCAAGAUAGACCAAGAGGUCGGCAUGCCUCUGCUCUUUCAGCAAGACCCAUCUCAGGGGCUAUCCCCCCAUACAGUCUAUCCAAGGGUCAUUACCAUGAAGGUACGGAAGAUUUUAGGCCGGCUUGCCGGCACUACCACCGUCCUACAUAAAUACCAGGAUUGUAGAAAUCGAGAAAACAAAACACCGACCAAAUUACAUGACUAGUAGACUGGUUGGCUUUCUCAUAGUCCAAAGCUUUGAUCCCGA